ACCCUAGGGCCCUUCCCUGGAGCGGCCUGCCACCCGCGGGACCCACCCCCUUCAUGGAAAGCCCCACGCAGUGGCCCCCUGGUGAUGGCCUCCGACAGUGACGUGAAGAUGUUGCUCAACUUCGUGAACCUGGCGUCCAGUGACAUCAAGGCGGCGCUGGACAAGUCUGCGCCCUGCCGCCGCUCGGUGGACCACCGCAAGUACCUGCAGAAGCAGCUCCGACGCUUCUCCCAGAAGUACUCGCGGCUACCCCGGGGCCUCCCCGGCCGGGGGGCCGAGCCCCACCUGAGAAGGGGGCCAGAGGACCGGCCAGGGAGGCUGCCCCUGGACGGCCACGCCCCCAGCCCCGGCCUGGGUGGAGGCUGCCAAGAGAAGGCUCUGGGGAACUCGGACAGGGAGGAGUGUCCAUCCGGGGAGCAGGAGCCGACCCCGCAGGGCCAGCACCCCGAGGGCGCCCUGCCUGGCCAGGUGCCCAUGAGGAAAAGACAACUGCCCGCCUCCUUCUGGGAGGAGCCUCGGCCUGCCCACAGCUUCCCAAUGGGGCUGGAAGGGGGCCUGGGUCCCCGGGAGGGGGCCCCCUAUGAGGGGAAGAAAACAUGUCAGGUCUUGGAGCCUUUAGGGCCUGAGAUGGUCCCCAUGCCACUGUCCCCACGGGCAUUGGCCGAGAAGGAGUUGCUUAAGAUGUCUGGGGUGUCCCUGGUGGGUCACAUCAACGCCUGGGGCUGCUGCCCCUUCCAGUACCAUGGACAGCCCGUGUACCCGGGCCCUCCCGGAGUGCUACCACAGUGCUCCGUCCCCAGCCUGGGCCUGUGGAGGACAAGCCCUGUGUCCCCCGGGGAGCUCCCUCCCUUCUGCAAAGAUGUGGACAGCCAGAAAGUGCACCGCCCUGUGGUCUUGAAGCCCAUCCCCACCAGGCCGGCUGUGCCCCCACCCCUCUUCAACGUGUUCAGCUACCUCUAG